AUGAAUUCCCAAGUCCAAAUUCCUAAUUCAGAAAACAAUCAGCCUUCUCUUAUUUCCAUUCCUUAUAACUCACAAGAUAAUGACGUUCCAUCUCAUGAAAGGCAAGAAAGUUUGACUGCUUCGAGCGACGUAACCUAUGUAGCGCAGUCUCCUAAUACAAUUCCUAGCUUUCAAUUUCAACCGACAGACAACAACGCAAAUGAACAAACUAAUUCUUCCUCAAAUCUUCAAAUUCAUUCUACUAUCUUUUUCUUUCGACCACCAAAUGAUUUAUAUCAUUAUUAUGUUGUUUGCAAGGAAGUCUCAAACGACACUGUAGCUUACUUAUUAAAUAAAUCAUUAAAAGAACGUAACAUUCAAUUCAAUGAAAAUGGAUAUACUUUCUAUUAUCAGCAACAAUGUAAUAACCAACUUUAUCAAGUAUCAUGUGAAAUUGUUUCUCCUCUCGAAAUUAAUAAAUGUUUGAGUAAAAAGUUUCUCGGUGUUGAACUUCAACAAAAUAUGGAACAUGAGUAUUUAGCGUUAACUUUCGGUCAAAAAGACCAUCUCGAACGUCAUUUAAUGAAAUAUUUAAGUCAAUACGUAUUGGAAAUUAAAAAUUAA